AACUGUUUUCUUGCACUAGAACAAGAAUUCAUAUCGAGUUCAAAAUACACCAGUUUUAAUAAAACAAUUAAAGGUAUUAUUUAAGCUCGAAGAAAACGGGAGAUUCGAAGAACACGAAUUUCCUCCACCGCCAGAGAGUGAUUCUGGAUUCUAACCUCAUUAAUAAAAAUGAUCAUUUAUCACAACAUGUUUACAAACAUUUAAAAUUUUACGUUAGGGCUGUUCCUUGUACGCUUGGUAAAAUGCAGAGACUAUCAAAAAUAUUCCAGCCUUACCAUGUUAUUCCUAAAGAAAUUCAAACCCAGCAAAAGCAGCAGAACCUGUAUUCAAAAAGUGCCAAGCUUAUGCUUGAGUUGGGCAUUAUGCGACAAAGCAGUCCUGGCUGCUUUAAUUUACUACCCUUGGGUGUCAGAGCGUUGGAGAAACUAGUUAAAUUUAUCGAUGGAGAAAUGCAGUCUAUAGGGGGUCAGAAGGUAGAAUUUCCCACCUUGAUAAAUCAGAAGUUAUGGCUCACUUCAGGAAGGAUUAAGGAAGUUACUGAGCUCUUCCAGUUGAAAGAUAGACAUGGUCACAGUUAUAUUUUGGGUCCGACACAUGAAGAAAUAGCAAGUGAGCUUGUAUCACAGUGCCAGAACUCUUAUAAGAAUUUUCCGCUUCUGUUAUAUCAAAUAACACAAAAAUUCCGGGAUGAAAUUCGACCAAAGCUUGGAUUGAUAAGAAGUAAACAGUUCACCAUGAAAGAUAUGUAUAGCUUUGAUAUUGACCAAGAUAGUGCCAUUCAAGCAUACGAAACUGUAAGUGAAAGCUAUAGUAAAAUAUUCAGAAGUUUAGGUAUAAAAUUCCAUAGAACUCGGGCUGACAAUGGCACAAUGGGUGGAUUAUUUUCUCACGAAUACCACUAUGAAGCAGAUAUAGGUGAAGAUAUACUUCUCAAGUGCAACAAAUGCAGCGAUAUAAUGAAUUCUGAAUUGGUGAAAGAUCAAAUUUGUCCCAAGUGUGGGGAAUUAGGAAAUAUGUCAAAAACUAAGGGUAUAGAGGUUGGUCAUACAUUUUUACUAGGAGACAAAUAUACUAAACCAUUUAGUUGUAAUUUUACCAAUAAAGAAGGUAAAGUUACGAACUUACAAAUGGGCUGCUACGGACUUGGUAUCACUAGAAUAUUAGCAGCUGCAAUAGAAAGUUUAUCGACAGAUGAAGAAAUGAGAUGGCCCAGAUUAAUUGCUCCCUACAGCGUACUCAUAAUUCCCCCAAAGGCUGACAGUCAUGAGGACUCUGCCUCGAAAAAUAAUCUGGAACUUUUGUACUCUUCCCUAAAUCAAAUAAUUCAUCUUGAAGGCGAAGUUUUGGUAGAUGACAGGUCGAGUAUGACAAUUGGUCGAAGACAUAUGCAAGCUAAACGAUGUGGAUAUCCAUUUAUUUUAGUUAUUGGAAAAAAAAUUUUGGAAAAUCCACCACUCUAUGAAUUGCACGAUAUUGGUAAUGGUGUACAGAGAGAUUUUAUAUUAGAGGACUUAAUAGCAUAUAUGAAUAAGAGCGAAAAAGUACAAAAAGUGAAAUUGAAAAUCUAGCAUCUCCAUUUCUUGGGAUAAUCAGCUGUUUGGGCUAAGAUGAGGUUGGCAUCAUGUCAUAUAGCAUAAAAUAUACAGGUGUAGCCCAUGUAAACUAACUCACGUAGGCUAUGCUACAGGAUAAUUUUUUUCUAGAGCAAUGCCCCUUUUCCUCCAAAAUUUAUUUCGGUGUACUGGUGGUUCAGUAAUAUGAAAAAAAAAAACGUUUUUUCAUUUUAAAACCACCUGAUAACUUGCAAUUGUCUCCACCCAGUUGAAGAAGCUAUUGUAAUAGCGAAACACAUGUAUAGUAAUAAAAACUCAUUGUUACUGGAAAUUGUGUAAUUAAAUUCUUUAAUUUAAAGUGUGAAUAACUAACAGGAAAGCUGAAUGUGAUAAAUAAAAUAAUAAAAAAAAUUACAUUACUCAAACGAC